CCACAAUCCUCUGUAAUAUGCGUCUGGGUGUGAGAGAGAAAGAUUAAAAUUGGACCAUCUGCAGACUUUGAUUUGGUAUUAAUGGCGGCAGCAGAUAUUUUCUACAGGGCUUUGCUGUGUUGUGAGCUGUAGUAAAUCAUCACAUUUUGAUCGUUUCUCAGGAGGAUCUGUGACAGGUGCCACUAUAACUCUACCCUCACCUGACAUCAGCAACCGGGCCAAAAUGGAAGCUAGUUUCGGAUCCACAUUUCCAGCGGUCCCUCAAGUAGCAAAAGCGGAAACUAAUUACAAACAGCACCGCAGAACCCCUUCAUCCUCCAGCACUCUGACAUUCUCCGCUCGUGACGACGAUGAUGGCAUGCCGCCCAUUAGUACCCCUCGUCGCUCAGACUCUGCCAUCUCGAUUCGCUCUCUGCACUCCGAGUCCAACAUGUCGCUGCGCUCCACCUUUUCUCUGCACGAGGAAGAGGAAGACACAGAGCCACAGGUGUUUGCAGAGCAGCCCUCUGUUAAGCUCUGUUGCCAGCUGUGCUGCAGCGUGUUCAAGGACCCCGUCAUCACCACCUGCGGACACACAUUCUGCAGGCGAUGUGCCUUGACCUCAGAGAAAUGCCCUGUGGACAAUUCUAAGCUCACGGUGGUAGUGAAUAACAUAGCGGUGGCCGAGCAAAUCGGAGAGCUUUUCAUCCACUGCAAGUACGGCUGUCACCCAGCUGCCUCGGGCAAACCCGGUGCCUUUGAGGUUGACCCACUUGGCUGUCCAUUCACCAUCAAGCUUAGCACCAGGAAAGAUCAUGAAGUAAGCUGUGACUACAGACCUGUUCGCUGUCCUAACAACCCCAACUGCCCUCCCUUGCUCACCAUGAACCUGGAGUCCCAUCUGAAAGAGUGUGAACACAUUAAGUGCCCUCACUCUAAAUAUGGUUGCACCUUUAUCGGGAAUCAGGACACAUAUGAGACGCAUCUGGAGGUGUGUAAGUUCGAGGGGCUGAAGGAGUUUCUCCAGCAGAUGGAUGACCGAUUCCAUGAGAUGCAGGUGACACUGGCGCAGAAGGACCAGGACAUCUCGUUCCUGCGCUCCAUGCUGGGCAAACUCUCUGAGAAACUAGACCAGCUGGAGAAGAACUUGGAGCUCAAGUUUGAUGUGCUGGAUGAGAACCAGAGUAAGCUCAGUGAAGAUCUGAUGGAGUUCAGACGAGAUGCUUCCAUGCUUAAUGAUGAACUGUCUCACAUCAAUGCCAGACUCAAUAUGGGUAUACUGGGCUCCUACGACCCCCAGCAGAUCUUCAAAUGCAAGGGUACUUUUGUGGGCCACCAGGGUCCGGUGUGGUGUUUGUGUGUCUAUUCUACCGGCGAUCUUCUCUUUAGUGGGUCGUCAGAUAAGUCCAUCAAGGUUUGGGACACAUGCACCACAUAUAAGUGUCAGAAAACCCUUGAGGGCCAUGAUGGAAUAGUGUUGGCAUUGUGCAUUCAGGGGAACAAACUUUACAGCGGCUCAGCUGACUGCACCAUUAUUGUUUGGGAUAUCCAGACCUUGCAGAAAGUGAACACCAUCCGGGCACAUGACAACCCAGUGUGCACUUUAGUGUCCUCACACAACAUGCUAUUCAGUGGCUCUCUCAAAGCCAUUAAGGUGUGGGAUAUUGUGGGCACAGAGCUAAAGCUAAAGAAGGAACUAACUGGCUUGAAUCACUGGGUUCGAGCUCUGGUUGCUUCUCAGAAUCAUCUGUACAGCGGAUCUUAUCAAACCAUAAAGAUCUGGGACAUCCGUUCUCUGGAGUGUGUCCAUGUGCUCCAGACCUCUGGAGGCAGUGUGUACUCCAUUGCAGUCACCAAUCACCAUAUAGUUUGUGGCACCUAUGAGAACCUCAUUCAUGUUUGGGACAUUGAGUCCAAAGAGCAGGUGCGGACGCUGACGGGCCACGUGGGCACAGUGUAUGCCCUUGCCGUCAUCUCAACCCCCGAUCAGACCAAAGUGUUCAGUGCCUCCUAUGAUCGCUCUCUCAGGGUGUGGAGCAUGGACACAUGA